AUGGAAGCGAUUCUUAGUGUACAGACACCGAUUGUCUUUGACGAAUCCAUCGCUCACUACGAAAUACAUGCUCAUCAACCAUACACUUCACUAAAUUUUAAUAAUAGUGAUGAGAGACGUAUAUCAAUUCAACAUCAAGAUUUAUGUCUUUUGCCUUCAAAAAGUUCAUUACAUAUUUGUGGAAAGAUAAAAAAAUCAGAUAAUACAAACGUAUCAGCAACAAAGUUGGUAAACAAUGCUAUAUGUCAUUUAUUUGAUGAAAUUCGUUAUGAAAUUAACGCUAUUGAAAUCGAUAAGUGUAAGAAUGUUGGUAUAACCAGUGUCAUAAAAGGUUAUGUCUCAUAUAGUUCAAAUCAAAGUAAACUGUUAGACAAUGCUGGAUGGCUUGAUGUUGAAGAGACUGCUAAAAUAAUCGAUGCAAAUGGACAAUUUGACGUAUCAAUCCCGCUAUCAAUGAUUUUAGGAUUUGCUGAAGAUUAUCAUAAAAUUGUUGUAAACGUUAAGCAUGAACUUAUACUCACAAGAUCAAGAAAUGAUAUUAAUGCUAUUAUACAAACAGCUCCUGCAGCAGGUACAUCAGCUGAAGAGUAUAAGUUUGAACUCACUCGGAUUGAGUGGAUGAUGCCUUACGUUGCUAUGUCAGACAAACGUAAAAUACAAUUGUUCAGUCAUAUUAAAAAGGAUAUUCCUAUUGCUAUGAGUUUUCGUUCAUGGGAAUUAUAUGAAUAUCCAAUGCUUCCAGCAUCAUCAAGACAUAUUUGGACAGUAAAAACGUCGAAUCAAUUAGAGAAGCUAAGAUUUGUUAUUUUAGCCUUUCAGACAAACAGAAAAGGUAUAGCUCUAAAAAAUGCAAGUCAAUUUGAUCAUUGUAAAAUCGCCAAUGUAAAACUUUUUCUUAACUCGCAGUACUACCCAUAUGGUAACUUAAAUCUCGGCAUCGAGCAGAAUCAAUAUGCUUUACUUUAUGAAAUGUUCAUACCAUUUCAAAAUGCUUACUAUGAAAACAAAGAUUUACCAUCUGAUUUGCUAGUUAGUAAAAGUGAUUUUAUCAAAUAUACGCCAUUUAUUGUCAUCGAUUGCUCAAAACAAAAUGAGUCUGUGAAACAAGCUGCUGUAGAUGUUCGUAUUGAAUUUGGAACUAAAGAACCCAUAGCUCCGGCAACGACAGCUUAUUGUUUAAUUUUACAUGAUCGUAUAAUUCAAUAUAAUCCUAUUAGCGGAGAUGUAAAAAAACUAGUGUGA